CGCGGGUGGUCCGAGGUCCGCGCCCCGGCCUCCGUCCCUCUGCCCCAGGGUUAUUGAGGGACCGUCCCGGAAGGAAAAUCGCCUUCUUAUCUUCAAAGGGAGAGAAGUUCGAGAGGAAAUGAAGAAACCAAGGUCCGGAGAUACUGAAUCAUUGACCGUGGUCACAGGAAUAGAAGAUGAACAAACCCAUAACACCAUCAACAUAUGUGCGCUACCUCAGUGUUGGACUAAUUAGGAAGCUGUCAGAUUUUAUUGAUCCUCAAGAAGGAUGGAAGAAGUUAGCAGUAGCUAUUAAAAAACCAUCUGGUGAUGACAGAUACAAUCAGUUUCACAUAAGGAGAUUUGAAGCAUUAAUUCAAACUGGAAAAAGUCCGACUUGUGAAUUACUGUUUGACUGGGGAACCACAAAUUGCACAGUCGGUGAUCUUGUGGAUCUUUUGGUCCAAAAUGAGUUUUUUGCCCCUGCGAGUCUUUUGCUACCAGAUGCUGUUCCCAAAACUGUUAAUACGUUACCUCCUGAAGAAGCUGUAACAGUUCAGCAGACACAGAUGCCUCUCUAUGGCAAAGACAGGACAUCUGCUUUACCUGUGCAGAAUCUUGAACAAAACUAUAUGCCACCUGACUCCUCAAGUCUGGAAAAUGGAAGUUUAGAAGGUAGUGAUACACGUUUUCACUGUUUUUCAUUUUAUGAAUUGAAGAAUGUCACAAAUAACUUUGAUGAACGACCCGUUUCUAUUGGCGGUAACAAAAUGGGAGAAGGAGGAUUUGGAGUUGUGUAUAAAGGAUACGUGAACAACAGAACUGUAGCAGUGAAGAAGCUUGCAGCAAUGGUUGACAUUAGCACUGAAGAACUGAAACAACAGUUUGAUCAAGAAAUAAAAGUAAUGGCAAAGUGUCAGCAUGAAAACUUAGUAGAACUACUUGGUUUCUCAAGUGAUGAAGAUGACCUCUGCUUAGUAUAUGUUUACAUGCCUAAUGGUUCAUUGCUAGACAGACUGUCUUGCUUGGAUAAUACUCCACCACUGUCUUGGCACAUGAGAUGCAAGAUUGCUCAUGGUGCAGCUAAUGGCAUCAAUUUUUUACAUGAAAACCAUCAUAUUCAUAGAGAUAUUAAAAGUGCAAAUAUUUUACUAGACGAAAACUUUACAGCUAAAAUAUCUGACUUUGGGCUUGCACGGGCUUCUGAGAAGUUUGCCCAGACUGUCAUGACUAGCAGAAUUGUGGGAACAACAGCUUAUAUGGCACCUGAAGCUUUGCGAGGAGAAAUAACACCCAAAUCUGACAUCUACAGCUUUGGUGUGGUUUUACUAGAAAUAAUAACAGGACUUCCAGCUGUGGAUGAACACCGUGAACCUCAGUUAUUGCUAGAUAUUAAAGAAGAAAUUGAAGAUGAAGAAAAGACGAUUGAAGAUUAUAUUGAUAAGAAGAUGAAUGACGUUGAUUCUACUUCUGUUGAAACUAUGUACUCUGUUGCUAGUCAAUGUCUCCAUGAAAAGAAAAAUAAGAGACCAGACAUUAAGAAGGUUCAACAGCUGCUGCAAGAAAUGACAGCUUCUUAAAACUUGACUGGAAUAGACUCUUGGCUUUUUAUAUACAGCUAUCUAACCAUUUUUUAAACUAAAUUUUUUUGUAAACAUUCUUCUUUACCUUUUACAAGGCGGCAUGAUUGUGUAGAACCCCCAACAUAUAGAACAAACAAAAGUAGAAUCUCUGUAUCAACACUUAGCCCCACCUUCUUAGUGUCACCCUCAGUUCUUGGAGUAGUCCCUGAGACAUCUCCUUGGAACCUCACCACAGUUUGAAAACAACAGGAUUAGCAAAAAAAGGAGUACAGGACUAUAGGGUGAAAAGACGCUGGGCUGAAGCCCGACUCCACUACUAGAAUGCUCUAAAGCUCUGGGCAGUCUCUUAGCUGCUUUGAGCCUUGGUUUUUCACCUUUAAUGUUAGACUAAUAUCUACUGUGCCUCUCUGACAGGUAGUCAUGAAAAUCAAAUGAUGCAAAAUAUGUACAAGCACUUUGUCACUUGUAAAGUGAUAUAAAAUUUAAAGUUUAUAUAGACUAUUAUAAAAUCCUGUUACAGUCAUAUUUUUAUAGAAUCAUGUUCCCAGUAAACCAGAUAUGCCCUGAUGAUACUCCCAUGAUGAUAUGACCAUUAUUAGAUUCUGUUAUUUUUGCCAUGUUAAUGGUGAAAUUGAAGGAAUUUUGCAGAUGCAGUUCAGGUCCCUAAUCAGCUGACUUUGAGUAUUAACAGGGAGACUGGGCUGGGUGGGCCUGACCUAAUAAGGUGAGCUCUUAAAGAACUCUGAGAGAUUCUCCUGUGGGCCUUGAAAAAGUAAGCUACUAAGCUGGCCACAUUGGCUAAGACCUAUGAUUGGCCCACAGGAGGUGAGAGCUACCUUCCUGCUGUCAGCCAGCAAGAAAAGCUGGGAUCUCUGUUGUACAACAACAAGAAACUAAAUUCUUCUAACAACCUGAAUUAGCUUAGAAGAGUGUUUCAAACUUCAGAUAAUACCAUAACCCCAGCUGACACCUAAAUUUUGGCCUUGUGAAACCCUCACUAUCAAACCUAGCUGAGCUGUGCCUGGACUUCUGACAUACAGAACUGUGAGAUGAUAAAUGAGUUGCAAUAAGCCACUAAAUUUAUGGUAAGUUCUUAUGCAGCAAUAGAAAAUGGAUACAGAUAUUCCCAUGAUGAUUCUCCCAUAGUGAUAUCCCGUCAUGUUCACAGAUUCUGCCCACACUCCAGGGGUGGGUGGGGAUUAUACAGAGUGUGUACAUCAGGGAGUUGUAGUGUACUGAUUUGCACUGGAUUUCUC